GGGAAACUGAGAGAGUCAGGAGAAGAGAGGAGAGCAAAGGGAAACGAGACCAAAAAAAGGAGGAGGACAGCUCAUCAAAUCAGCCCAGUGGCAUUCCUCUCACAGCUGCAGUGAUCUAGGCUGGAAGGGGAAGUUUAGCUCACCAGGAAAAAAAAAAAAAAUACAAAAAAAAUUGUAUUUUUAUUUUUUUCUGUGGGUGAAGCAAUCAGAAGACUCCCUGGGAAGAAAAGGGAGCAAGAAGAAAGAGGAAUCUGAGACCUUCUGCAGCGUCCGAGUGUCCUGCAGGGGAAGAUGGAUUCAGACUCCGGAGAGCAAAGUGAUGGAGACCUCUCCCCAGGACAUGAGAGCUUCAACUCUCGCUCCCUGGCCCUGCAGGCCCAGAAGAAGAUCCUCAGUAAGAUGGCCACCAUGGUUGUGGCGAACAUGCUGACAGAUGACACUAGCAGCGAGAUCUUGGAUGAGCUCUACAAGGCGAGCCGGGAGUUCACCAAGAGCAAGAAGGAGGCCCACAAGAUCAUUAAGGACGUCAUCAAGAUCGCCCUCAAGAUUGGCAUCUUAUACCGCAACCACCAGUUCAGCCCCGAUGAGCUGGACACAGUGGAGCGCUUCAAGAAGAAGAUGAACCAGGCGGCCAUGACAGCAGUGUCGUUCUACGAGGUGGAGUACACCUUUGACAGGAAUAUUCUGUCAGAGCUCCUGCUGGAGUGCAGGGACCUACUUCACACCCUGGUGGAGCAGCACCUGACCGCACGCUCACAUGCACGCAUCGAUCACGUUUUCAACCAUUUUGCCCACGGGGAGUUCCUGGCCGAGCUGUACGGGGACGGAGAGGAGUACAGACUCUCUCUGAGGAAGAUCUGCAAUGGCAUCAACAAACUGCUGGACGAAGGAACGCUUUAACCUCCCACACCUGACCUCUUUCACCUCUAGCUCUUUCUCCUCUUGCUCCUUUUCUUGCUGGUCUCUCCUGCCUCCUUCUAUUUCCUUUUCUCUUGCUCACCCCCUGACUGCUCAUAUCCUCUACCUUCUUUUUGCUCUUGUCUUCCUGUUUCUUCUAAAUCCAUUUCCAUGGAGCUAGUUGUAACAUCCUGCUGCUGUGGUUCAAUGAGGGAAUUUUAUUAGACUGUCUCUCCACUCAGUGGAUCAUUGCUGCACACUGGGACAGCCUGUUUCGCGUUGUAUGCAUUUUAUCAUUCCAAGUCAUCCCCUCUGUCUGCAAAAGUGUACUGUACCAAUGGCCAAAAAACAUACAUUAGGUAUAUUUGGAUAUGAAAGAUAAUCAGUAGUAGUGAUCUGUCUCUCUCUCUCUUUGUAUGUGUGUGUGUGCACAUGUGUUUGUAUGGGAUUCUCUUGAAAAAUGUGUUUGUACAUAAGACCAACUAUGACAUGGUGUGUGCGUAUUAUGUGUCUGUGUCAGUCUUCUCUACAAGGGUGUAACACUUGUCUUUUAUUAAAGAUUUCUUGUAAACA